AUGUUCUGUUUGGUGAAUGUUGACCUUCUUGACUACACUGUUUCGCAGAAAGCUGCUGACAGCCUUGAGUUUUUACUACAGGAGCCUCAAUACAAUCGUAACGAUGGUAUUCAAGCUACUGUAUUUCGUCUGUUAAACAUCCAGCCUUUACUAAGCCUCCCCGUUGCAUUAAAACCCCUAGUCUGAGGCACAAGGCACCCCUAUGGGAGACGAACUUCAACAGAGUUAAUGAGCUAGUGGUCAAAAUAACCGACUUUAACUGACUUAGACUUUAGCUUAAAGCCUCUCUCAGUUACUGGAUGACUUAACACUCAUGGAAAUAAUUGAUCUCGUGAAGGACGCAAGUACGUUUUGACUUUGAUAUUUUCAACUUUGAAAAUUGAAAGAUCGCUCCCCACUAAUGCAAAGAGAGUUUUCGCCUGUAAGAAUUAGUAACAAAAGUUUCAUCUUUUUUUAGCGAAAUUGUAGUUCAGUGGAUAUUUUCUCAUUUUAGGGCUGUCCCUUGUGGUUAUCUGUAGUUCUGAGAAUGAAGACAGAGCUCAUAUGGCUGCAGCACUUGAUCAGUACAGACUUAGAACUAUUCCGUAUUGCGCUGUGUCAAAAGAUAUCAGGCAAUAUCUGCAGACACAAUUCAAGGUGUGCUCUCGACUACAAGGAAAGCUGCAAGAUAAGAUCCUUCAAUGGGAACCUGCUGCCAUGGUGGACAAGGAAAAGUAAGGAGAGAAAAAUGCACUCUUUCUCUUUGCAAUGCACUUUUUUAGUGACUUCAUUUUCUGUGAGUUCUGUGACCCUAAGAGUGGAUUUCUACUGCCGCGUAUUUUUUUACGUGCGUACGUGCGUAAAAUUUACGUUCGCAAAUAAAAUAGAGGCAAAGAAUAAACGGUCGUUCGUAAGCGUCUCAACAGCGUCUAAAUCUCAACACUUUAUAUCUUGCGUCUAUUCUAUUUAUGUGAUUAACAUUUACGUACGUUAACGUGCGUAGCAAAAAACGCGUCAGUGGAAAUCAAUCUUAAAGCUAAACCUUUGUAUACGAGGGGUCCUAUUUAGUUUUAAUUAUCCAUUGGCCAAAAGCUAGUAAAAGUUAAGAUAAGGAAACCCAAAAAUGCACACAAUUAAACAGAACGUAGACAAUGUAAACAACGGCAGACAAUGUCAGCAGCGCCACCUAAAACACUAUUCCCACCAUUAGCAGUACCAACUCCACUAUCAUUACGUACAGCACAACAACAAUCCAACAACUGGCAAAAUCAGCGACUGCAUCAGCCUCUCAUUAACACUAGCAACACCUUACCGACAGCAUCAGCGACUCUUCUGACGACUACCAAUGACACCAAACAAACCGCUACCAUAGAAAACAACACCAACACGAAGCAUAUUUCAAAAGUAGGUUGAGUUUGAUCGUCCGGGUGAACGUAGUCCUGAAUAGGACUGUUGUUGUUGACAGUGACUCACGUUUCGACAACCUGUGCGGUAGUCAUCUUCAGAGUCAAAGUGAGUUGUAUCAGGUCAGUUGAUGGUAUUAUACUCUGGUUAUUGAUCUGAUUGGUCAAUUACGUCGCGAUGUUAUUGGUCGUCUGUCAGUUAAGCCGGAGGACAAACCGGAGGGCAGACAGGGAGCAGUAUACAAGAUCAAAUGCUGCGACUGCCAGGCUUCUUACAUUGUGCAAACCGGCAGAAACCUAAGCACGCGACUGGCCGAACACAAACGAACGACGAGGAAUGCUGACAUCUCCAAUCACAUUGCUGAGCACCAUUUAAAGACGAAACAUCAAAUUGACUGGGACUCUGCGAGAUGUAUGACGUAUUCUACAGACUACUAUCAACGUUUUAUUUUAGAGAGCUGGUUUACUAACUUAGAACAAACACCACUGAAUCGUAGCCAACCGUUACCAGCGCCGUACAAACGACUUAUUGACGAGAUCAAGCAAAACUAACUACGAGAGAACGACUGGAGAAGUGACAAUUUGACUAACAAUAGACGACUGUUUAACCGUGACAAUAGACGGAUCGAAACGCACCAAUUACUGAUUACGAGUCUUCAUAGCCAAUAACAUCACGGCUUAACUGACAGACGACCAAUAACAUCGCGACGUAAUUGACCAAUCAGAUCAAUAUCCAGAGUAUAAUACCAUCAACGGACGUGAUACAACUCACUUUGACUCUGAAGAUGACUACCGCACAGGUUGUCGAAACGUGAGUCACUGUCAACAACAACAGUCCUAUUCAGGACUACGUUCACCCGGACGAUCAAACUCAACCUACUUUUGAAGUGACUCCUGGGCUCAAACCUUUCACACAGCAUAUUGUAAGGCAAGUAUAUCUAACAACAUAACAUAGCCAACGGUCCCGUCAUCUACAGUACCAAACACCAUUGCUACUAAUAGGGAGCUCAAGCAACAACGACGGCGACGGCUAGGAAAACGUCACUUAAAAAGUGAAGUUGCGCUGCCUCAAACUUUGUCCCGAGUAUUGCCUCGGGUUCAAUUCGCCUAACGUUGGCUGUUUUGGCUGAUUUCUAAAAGACCGUAUCGAAGUUCAGGAAAAGAAAAAGAAAGUCGUUGUCUUGUGUUCACGUUUUUCAGAAAGAAAAAAGGCAUUUUCACAUCGUAGUCAACCAAUUACGGUAAAGAAAUGUACAAAAAAGGCAUGAUGCACCUGAAAAGUUGUUUUUUGCUAGUUGAACCUACUGCAUUUUUGCCGUUCUCGUUGACGUCGCCGUCGUCGUUGCUUAAGCUCCCUAAUCUCAGCAGCAGCAGCCGCGUCAAUAGCACCACUGCCAACACCACCUUAAACACCAGCGUUAUUAGCCUCAACCCAUGAAAGUGACAUUUUAGUGGCCACCGCCACUACCUUUUACAAAACACAGGCCAAACAGGAUCAACAACAAGUGUGUCUUGUAAUGUCUAAAUUGACCUUUGUGUUUCCUAUCUCUAAAAGAAACAUUCCGUUCACCCCAUACAGGUUGUCAGUGAGAGUUGUGUCCUCAGAAAGGGCAGGUUGCGGCAAGAGCUUGGUGGUUCAGCGACUUAGAGAACGCUUAGUUCAACUUGGAGACAAUGAUGCAGUAUUGAGUUACCUCAGAGAUGGGGAGGCAGAUGUGCCUCUGUGUAUCAGCAUCCCAAUUUAUGGACCAGCUGUCGAUCAGGGCUCCGUCGUGGAGUCCUUGUUACCACAUAUGAUUGUUCCUGAUCUGCCACUUUCCCGAAUUUUUCACCUUGAUGUCCAUCCGUCGGUACUAAAUGCUUUUUUUAGACAAUAUGUUUAAGCGUACUUUAAAUGAAUGUAUAUCACAGAAACGUAUUAAAAAGGGCUGAGAUAGCUACGAUCUUAGAAAUGUUGGAAUUGGGCAAAAUAUUUUUAUCCCACAAAAAUACACUGAACACACUUGCCAAUCAAUAGGAAGGUAUACUUAAGAACUGAUUCGCUCCCAUCUAUUAACUGACCGUACCAUCCUUGUGAUGGUUGUAUUUUGACAGGUGAAGAGUGGUCUUGACGCACUUCUGUUUAAUCUCUUGAUACUUGGUGUCUUGAAAAGUACUAGUGGACAGGUCUGGAGACGAAGAUUAUCUGAUUUGUAUGUGAUUGAGCUAACGACGGGGCCAACACAAGGGGUCAACGAAACCGUUCAAAGGCGACCGGUACUUUCUAAGGUAGGGUUCACUUAAUCGUUAAGCCAUCAUCAGAGUGGCCUAAGAGAUACUGUGGGAGCAUUUAUCUUAUUUCUCAAGGAAAGAACCGAUCAAUGAAGAGCGCUUUUUAUAUUUUAAUGGCACCGAUUUUUAAAUCUUUAAAAAGACUUUCUGGACGAUAGCUUGCAUUGAUGUCGCGUUUGCUUAUCUUUUCUUAUCUCUUAAAUAUUUCAUUUUUGUGGUCAAUCAUGCUAGGGCCUUUGCGGUUAUUUGGUUAGCCCUAUUCAAAAAUGCCAUUAAGACCACUGGGUAAGUGGCUCGUGGGAGUUUACAAGAUCUUUGUUUCACUGGUAAAGUCAUUUUUUUAAAAGCUGAAAUGAUAUAAUAAUAAUGAUAAUAUUAAAUAUUUAUACAGCACAAUUUAACAUACAGGAGGAUAUGAUCAAAUGCGCUUUACAUAUUACAAUUGAAUACGAGAUUACUAUGUUACCUAUUUACAAUUUUGAAUUUACAAUAAAAUGCGAAGAUGUAUACUAUAUGAAACACUAUAAAGAAAUUAUAAAUUAAACGCUUCUCUAAAAUGAGUUUUAAGCAAUGUCUUAAAGGUGUUGAAAUUUUGCUGUGACUUUAAUGAUUGCGGGAGAAUGUUCCAAAUCUUGGCGGAUGCAUAGGAAAAGGCUCCAUCGCCAAGCAAUUUUUUCGAUCGUCGUGAAUGGUCUUCCAACUGGAUACGGGUGCUCGAGCGGAGGUUGUAUGUCGAAGUCUUCUUGCUGGCGACCAUGCUUUUUUGAUACUUGGCCCAUGAAUGCACUUGAAACAGAGCAUAGCAAUCUUGAAAUUGAUUCUAAACUUAAUCGGCAGCCAGUGAAGACGUAUAAAUGACGAUGUGAUGUGUUCGUGUCUUGGCAAUGAUCACACCAAUCGGAGUGCCGCGUUUUGCACCCGUUGGAGCUUGCAAAGGUUCGUAGCGGCAACACCAUACAAUAGUCUAUUCUCGAUAUCACAAUUGCCUGAACAAUCGACUCUAUCUUCAAAGCUAAGAUAUCGUUUAAUGCGCCCAAUAUUAUGCAGAUGGUAAAGUCCUGAUUGACAAGUCUUGUUGAUAGCGGGGUUUUCAUGCUCAGAUGGUUGUCGAACGACGUCCCUAGGUUCCGAACGUUGCAUACUGCAGACACUUCCUGUGAUCAAUGCUGAGCUCUGAUAUGCUUAUCUUGUCCAAUUGCGCGUGGGUUCCGAUUACAAUUAAUUCCGUUUUGUCAUCAUUUAUCUUAAGUUUGUCAGCCGUCAUCCAAGUCUUGAUGUGUAGAAUGCAAUCUUGUAAAGCAGUUACCGUUUCCAAUUCCCUCGCCCUGGAACCAGGCUUAAAUGAGAUAUAUAACUAGUUAUCGUCUGCGUAUACAUGAACAUCUGGGAAGUGGCGCUUCACUUCCUCAAAUAGCUUGCUGGCAUAAAGUACAAAAACGCAGCGCCCCAGACACGAACCUUGCGGCACACCUUGAGGUAGAGAGAAAUCCUCUGAGAAGCUCCCAUUAAGUAAUACAUGCUGUGAUCUACCAGCUAGGCAGGAUGUGAACCACUGAAGUGCAGUAUCUGCGAUGCCAAAAGUUACCUCUAGACGACGGAGAAGUACUUCAUGGUAUUCAGUGUCAAUGCUGAACUCAAGUCUAACAGCACUAGUAGAGUGAACCUCUGGUGAUUCAUGUUAAGCAAGAUGUCAUUGUGUACCUUAAGGAGAGCCGUCUCCGUGCUGUGGCCUACUCGAUAGGCUGACUGGAGCGUUGGUUUGGUUGUACACUGCUCUCUCGGUAAGCUUCGACUCACAGGUCUAAGAUCUGAAAGGGAGGCGCUUUAACAAGGUUUCUUGAGCUGUGGAUCAACUAGAGCAGCUUUCCACGCAGCUGGAAAGUGUCCAAGAGCCAAGGAACAAUUAACCAUAGAAGUGAUUAUUGGGAGGAGUUCUUCAAGGCUGCCCAGUAAGAUAGACGUUUGAAAAGGAUCGAACAUACAACUUUUCUUAGCUGAAGCCUUAAUGAGCUGGUAUAGAUCCUUCUCUUUCACUUCCUUGAAAAGACUUAGUGGUUCGAGAUUUGAGCUGAAAGCAGGGUCGUCAAUGAGGUCACUACAUCUGUUCUGGGUAACAUCGAUACCGUCUAGCUCAUUGUGGAUAUUAACGAUCUUACGAUGGAAAUAGCGGGCAAUGUCAUUUGCCACAGCCACAGCAGCAGGUCUUCAGCGAACUUUGUCUUUCUCCACGUUUGCUCAGCCUUCAGUCGCUUUCUUUUCGCCUCGGCAAUUGCUUGGUUAAAACUCAUGUUUUCUUUAAAAAAAGUUCAACAAUUAUUUUUCUUUAAACAAACAAGUCCAUAGCUAUGCCACUAGAUACGCGAACGAUUUUCACCUUCCUUUUUGUAGAACAAACCUUCGUAAAUUUUUUCAGUUUCCAAGGACCUACUUAUUAUAAAUCUAUAGAAAAUGUUAUUAAAGAAUCUAAUUCUCUCCACUUAUUGAAAACGAAAUUGAAAAAGAACAUUAUAUAUGAUAUAUUAGUUAUAAAUCUUGUAGUAAAUAGCUAUCUUUCUUCACAUGCCUGAUAUUAUUUUUAUACUUAUUGUUACAUGUACCAUACUUUAUAUUUUGUCAACUCAGUCUAUGUAAUUAGUUAAUUUAUACUUACCUUCAUUGUAUUUUACUUUCGAUCCUGGCCUUACUGUUACUGUUAACUUUAUUUUUACUGUGAGGGAGCCCAAUGUUUAUAAGCCUCAUGGUUUCUUUUUGGGCUUCCUCGCCACUUUCAUUUGCUUUUGUGUAACUGUCUUGUUUUAUUGUUAUUUGUAUUUUGUGGUAAAUCAAAUAAAGUUACAAGUUAAAGUUACAAGUUACAAGUUGGUUGUACCAGGGGACCUGGGGCCUUGAACUCACUACUUUUUGUUACAGUGGUGCAUGGCGAUCUAGUGUACUGCUUAGGGUGGAGUUGUAACUUUGUACAAACUUGUCAAAAUCUUCACAAGAGGAUGGACACCCAACAAUGCCUUGCAGGCACAGAUCUAACUUCGCGAUAUCUUGCUUGAGGCAGUCAAGAUCAACAGACUUGGUCUUCCAAUGAGUCACCCUCUUGGCCUAGGGCGAGCCUUGUUUAUGCGAAUACUACAACAAACAACCGAAUGAUGAGAGAGCUAGCGACAACUGCAUGGAGUUGAUCCCAGCAGUGUCUCAGUUCUCCUCGUGAUAACGAGAUCUAACCUGUGACUAAAAUUUAAUAUAUGUGCGGUUCGGUAACGUGCUGUUCAAGCCCAACAAAUUCAAGUAGAUCAAGGAACUUCACCGCGUCGAUACCAUUUGGAACGUCCACGUGGAUAUUGAAAUCCCCAACGACAAGCAAGCGUUCCUUUGAUAAGAUAACACAUUCCAUUAAAUCAGCGAACUCCUUUAGGAAGGUGCUCGUGGGAACCCCGUGGUUUUCCGAAGGUUGUGUUCUAUAAGCAAUAAUGAUCCUGAGCUUGCAAGAUGUCGGCAGUUGUACAAGUAGCUCAGAAUAAUCUAUGGCCUCCUUCUCAGCAGAUCUGACGGUACUAACUCUUAAGCAGUCACGGAAGAGUAAUCCUAUGCCCCCUCCACCCCUUUCCGAGCGAGGAUAGUCAAUUAGCUUAUAACCAGUUGGGCGAUGUUCGGCUCUGACUGCAUCAUCUCUCUUUUGUAGCCAGGUCUCGGUAAUUGCGACGAGAUCGUAUUUGUUUUCGCAUAUAUAGUCAACAAAGUCUGCCGUCUUAUUUUUAACUGAUUGCGUAUUUAGUAAACAAAGCGACAACAGUCGACUAUUGCCUGGUGUUUUAUUCAGUGGAGCCCGUUUAAUUUCAAUAAGACUCGAGGUGUUACGAGCUGACCGACACUUUGCUCUAGAUGCUUGUCCCAAGUGAGGAGAGUUGUUGUGAGGGACCAGGAUUUAGUUUGAAAACUAAAUCUCCUUCUAACAGCGGGUGGAAUGUUGCGGUGCUAUUAGCAUAAUAUGCACAAGGGCUCUUGCUCCGCCUAGAUCUCUUCUUGAUGGAGAAGACAUAGCCUCCUUUGUUCAACACAGAUCCCGUUGGGUACACAGUUGUGACAGCUUUGCCAUUGUUGUUCAACGGUAAAACAAUAGACUCGUAAAAUUCACUGUUUUGAAAGAUCCAGGGUCUCAACGAUAAUUCUUGAAAAUGCCAAAUUAUAGGGUUUUCUUGCCAGUUUUCAACGUGAAAAAUAGCCCAGGACCGUCUCUCAGAUAUUAGACAGCUAUCUCCCGAGUCAUUUCUACUAUAGAUGCUCACCAAAAAGGAACAGCGCGAGUAAAAAGCCCGGAGAGCAGAGUGUCGUGUCUGACCUUCAUUCUUUUGACCUAUGAUACGAUAGCAGAAGAGAUAGUAGAAGAUAGUAGAAGAGUUCAGUGAAGGAAAGCAUUUAAUCGCUAAAUUUGUGUUUUUUCAAUAGCGCGACGUUCGAAAAGUCAAAGCAGAGCCUUUUUACAGGCUGCUUCCUUCCAUUAAAUGUGAAACACCGUUACGAACGUUGAGUCAGUUGAGGACUCAGAAAACGGGUAAGAAAUUCUGUUUGAGCUGCCAUUGGUUUGAUUGAACAGAUGUCCAUCGUGCUUUAUUUUAAUUUAUUGUAAUUGGUACUACAUUUGUAUAAACACAAAGAACGUUUGUAUGACUAAAAGAUCCGAGUCACGCACGGGAAAAGAUACGCCACCUGGUUCUUUUACUAGGGUCGUCUUCACAUUCCUGUUACAAUUGCAGAAUCAGCAGUGUCGAUGGGGAUCCUUCGACUAUAACUUGUACAUUAUACUAAAAUCUCCUUAAUCCCCAAUAUUCACAUGCAAAUUCUCUAGAAUGAUCAACGUACAUCUAGUCAUGGAAUAAGUUGAAUUUUUUCAAACGUAUUCGAAGGAUUUGGUGUCCUAAAAAUGACAGCAAUAUUCACUCAUACCAUAACUUUUUUCUCUUUCCUUUUCCGUAGGUGGUAUUAGUCUCAACCCUCUGUUUGACAAUGGUGAAUUUCAAAGCUCACAUGUUCAACGGGCGUUUCAGUACCUGAGUUUUUGGGAGUCAGCAAGAAAGAAACUAAACCAAUUCUCGUUUAUACCAACUAAGGUGAUGGGUGACCAUGCAAAAUGUAUUGACACACUUGUAAGGUACACUCUAUAUAAAAAUCUUUUUUCACCAUUUCUUCAAGAAUGGCCGAAUUUGGCUAUUAGUUCUUCGUGCGUCCACGAAUAAAGGAGAUUUCAAAAUAGCCUUUGUAAGGUCAUAAUAUAAGUUCAUUUGUAGCUUGGUUUUGUACCUAGAGUUUGGAUUUGACAUACUUGGGCGGUGUCAAAAGUGACACAGUGUAAAAAUAAACUGUUCCUUUUCAAUAAACACGAGUUCUCAGUUUACAAGGCUUUUACUCUAGAGUCGUGCUCGCGCUAUAAAAUUACAAGGACAGCAAAACAAUCAUUUCGAAAAAUAAUCUUACUUGCCUCGUCAAUUGUAGUGAUGCCUAUGGGAGAUAUGGAAUGAACAGCUAUAUUUCCAAUGAAAUGAGAAGGAUUUAGUGAUCGUUUAUGCACUUUUUUCAGAAAUUGUGGCGUUGUGGACCCGUCAUGGGCUGAACUCCGUCAUUUUGUGAACUUCCUCGACUCUCAGCUCCAAGCUUGUGAAGCCAGUGCGUUUUGUAACAUGAAACUUGUUGGAGACACUCUCAAGGGCUUUAGAAGCUUUGUGGUCCAAUUCAUGAUCCUUAUGUCACGGGUAAGAAAUAUGGAAAAUGUGCGAUCGCGAAGAAUAUGUGGCCCAGUUCCCAGGAGCUAAAUGCUACCCACCCAAACCCUUGGAAACAGAGCCUGAAAUCCGGAAGGCGGUGGGCGCCAUCUAUGUUAUAUACAGUGAAUUAUUAUUUGACAUGGAUAUUAACUAGAUUGCCGAUCUUUUCCAUGUCUUAAAGUUUUUCGGUAUGGCAUUCUUUUUCAACUCUGUUUUCAUUUGGGUUUAUUUUGAACCAAACAUUUUUUCAGGGAAAUCAAUAUAACAUCUUGACUAUGUUCCUCAACGAAGCAUUGAGAGAGUGACAAAAUUAGGGUACCGUAAACCCUUUAUUAAGUCCCCCAGGGGGCUCCUUUAUUUCAAACACAUUUGAUAGGUGGUGGGGGGGGUAUUUGGGACGUGGGGGCUACAUAUUUAGUUUACGCAAAGAAGAUGGUAUAACAUCUCCAUAAAGAACUACCGUGUAAAGUGGAAAAGCUCAAGUACAAGAAGUUGAAGGUCAUGCAGCCGAGGAUCGAAAACAAAUCCGAACGUCUAGUGUGGAUCAGUCCACACAGAGUUUUACUGUCGCUAUUGAUUAAUACAGUCUAUUAUUUAUUAUUGAAUGAUAACAAGGGGGAGGGAGGGGGGCUUAAAAAAAGGGGGGCUCUUACUAACUAUUUUCUCCUAAAAAGGGAAGACUUAUUAGAGAGGAGGUAGCUAAUUGAGAAGAGAGGAGUGGGCUUAAUAGAGGAUUUACGGUAGCUAACAUUCCUGCUUUUUGUCCCCAUUUCCAAACCCUUAAGGUGGUUAGUAUGCAUAAUUUAUGAACCAAAAAGCUCACAAUUUAGUGUUGUCCCUAUUGUACUGACAUCUUCAAGUUCGUGGCAAUUCGUUGUCCCUGUAAUGAACUUCUUUUUUUAAGGAUUUUGCUACACCAUCUCUAAACGAUGUUGCUGAUGAUGACGCAGAAGAAACAGCUGUUGUUCAGUUGUCUUUAAGAAGACACUGGGAAACCAGGUAUGAUUUUAAAACAUUAUAAUUGGUAAAGUUAAGAUUCAUUUAAAGGGGGAGUCGCUUAAAUCAAAGUAUUCGAUUUCUUGAAGCAAUUUUCCCAGUUAUUUUAUCUCUUUGGUACUAUUCGUGCUAUGUAGUUUUAAAGUCUUAUCAAGUUAUGAUGUUCCUGUUCAGAUGAAAAAGUAAAAUUUGUGGUAUUUCCUAUACUACUUUUACAAAGGUUGUCUAAGAUUUGUAAAAUAUUAUCCUUCCUUUCGCUUUUUUUUCUUUAUUUUUGUUGAUGUAUUUUAAUUUUUUUCAACAGCUUACAUCCCUACAUUUUCUUCAAUCAAGAUGGCGUUACCAUGACGUUUGUUGGCUUCCAUAUUGACCAAAAUGGCAAUUUAAUUGAUCCAGACAGUCGUGUCAUCAUCCAGCCUAAUUUGAUGUCAGACCAUUUACGUACUGGUCUUUUCAUCCAAAAAGUUGACAUGGAAACUAACUACGAAUCUUGGAGCAAGUAUGAAAUAUAUAUAUAUAUAUAUAUAUAUAUAUAUAUAUAUAUAUAUAUAUACUUGUAUUCUGGGUAGAACGUAUUCCGUAGAGCGCUCAAUUCAUUUAAUUGAAGAGCAUUGAUUAUUAAUAAUCACAGGAGUUCAGUCUUCAGGAGUAAUCAUUGAUCGUUUAUUGCGACAGUGCUGUUUCGUAUGGUCCGAAAUUGUAGGACCACACUCAUCAGGCAACUUCAACGAUUGACCGUUAAAAUUAAAAGCUGGCAGUAAAUAUAGGGAUGCGUUAAGAGAUAGUAUCUAGGUAACAGAUGGAUUGUGUCUUAGUUAUAUAUAUAUAUAUAUAUAUUUAUUUGACAUGAUAUUUGUAGACUUUGAUUCUUCUGUACCAAGUUUCUUACAACGUGUUUUCUUGUACCAUGAUGGGCUAAGGUUAAGGGGUUGUUUUUGUUUAACUUAGGGCACAGAAAAUCGAGAAGCUUUGUGGAGUGAUGGGUGUUGAAUGGCCCAAUGAUCCGGAUGAUUCAUACGAACUAACCACGGACAAUUUAAAGAAAAUUUUAGCCAUCCACAUGCGCUUCAGGUAAGUGAAAUCCUUUAAAAUUAGACAUGAGAAAUGUGUGAUUACCUUCACACUCAAAUAGCCCCAUUUAAAAUUACGAGCACUAAAGCCUCAACUGCAUGGCAAAUUAAUUGUUAAUUAUUGGAGAGUUAAUCAUGUGACAAAAAAAGAUCAAGUAACACUGGAUAACCCGUACUUACGGAUUCCAGCAGAAAUGUGCACACCGCCACCACAAUUUUCUUCUUUUCCUCCAUCUCCACGACACAAUUCUAUUGUCUUUUCUCCCCCACUACCACUGCUGGAAUUCCAUUGUCUUCCCUCUUUCUCUACCACACUGCCACCGUUACGUUGCUUUCCCUGCUCCUCCUCCACCACCACAUUUACGAUUUCGUUGUCGUCCUCUUUUCUCCUCCAAUCCGAAACGGUUAUGUUGUUUUACCUUCUUUAAAAGCAACACGACGGCUUUAUUGUCGUGUAAUUCUUCUUUACCAAACAGCUGCGGCUACGCUCUCUUCACUUAUAUACGACCACCACAAUUUUAUCGUUGUCCUUUCUCCUCGACCACACUUUCACGAUAACGUUGCCUUCUACUCUCCAUCAUUACCAGCACAAUUUCCGUCGUCUUCCGUCCUUUCCCACCGCACAGCCCCGAUUACGUUGUCUACACCUCUUCAAACCACCACCAGCGCCACCUUCGUGGUUAUGUUUUCUUCCCUCGUCCGCCAUCGCCAUCACCCCCACAAUUUUUUGGGCGCCCUUCCUCCACACCAGGAGGCUAAUGUUAUUUUUCACCGCUGCCACCACAAUUUUAUCGUCGUUCUUUCUUGUUCACCAACCUACCACAGUUACUGGUAUGUUAUCUUCCCUCCUCCACCACCUCCACCACAACUUUAUUGUCGCCUUUCCCUCUUUACCACACUUCCACGGUUAUCUUGUCUAUCCUCCUUCACCGCACCGUCACGGUUCUGUUGUCUUCUCUUCUCCACCUCGAUCACGACCAAAAAACUCCAGAAACCUGCUUGCGCUCCGUUAACCCGGUCACAGUUUUGGCCAAAGUCUUAGUAUACUUUGUUUUUUCUUUUACACUGAUACAUUUGAAGAUGUGGUAUUCCUGUGGUCAUAAUGGGAGAGACAGGUUGUGGAAAAACCAGCCUUAUUCGGUUCAUGUGUGGCUUACAAUCAGGACCCGGAGGACCCAAGAACAUGUUGCUCAUGAAGGUAAGAAACCACUAACUAUCGUAAAUCUCAUUUAUUCAUUUUUAUAAUUGAAUUUUUAGUUGGGGGAGAUUUAUGUUUUCCUUUUUAUCUUAAAAACAUGUCUUUACUAAAAAAUAAUCAGCGACCCUAUUACCUUUAAUUCCACAUUUAGUGUUCAUUAUCUGGCUCUUGGCACUUUGGGAAGUAAAACGUUCGAUAGAGUCAGUAAUUCGUUCCUCAUUGUGCCUUAACAGGUUCACGGAGGAACAUCCCACAAAGACAUUGAGAAGAAAGUGGAGGAGGCUGAGAAGAUGGCCAGAAAGAACGAAAGCCAUGGCAUUGAUACGGUGUUAUUCUUUGAUGAGGCCAACACAACAGAUGCUCUAGGGAUGAUCAAAGAGGUUAUGGUGGAUCGCAGAGUCAACGGUAGAAAAAUAGGAGUUGGGCUCAAAAGAUUGCAAUUCAUUGCAGCAUGUAAUCCUUACAGAAAGUAAGCACGCAUCUGCCUGGCCUGUUGUUGCUCUAUCUUUAAGCAAAUAUACAUGCUACUGACACAUUUGUUUUGCUUGUAGACACACGGAACAAAUGAUCCAUAAACUGGAAUCAGCUGGCCUGGGUUACCAUGUUGCAACUCAAGAAACACAUGAUCGGCUUGGUAAGACGAAGGCUUCUACGGCAGUAGUGAGCAUUCCGUUUGCGGCAUACUUUAAAAUGUGAAGAAAAUGCUCCUUUGGCUUCAUUUGAACUUACCAUAAUGAGUCAUGUUUCGAAAGUCUGAAGAAAAAUAGCUCUGAAAAGUUUCUUUUGCUAAUAGAGGAAACCUGCUACAUCAAACUGACGUUAGAGUCAGUGUGUUACAAAAUGGGAGAAAGCAGAAAGAACCAAUUUAGAUUUCAUGAACAGAUUGAAAUACUUUUGGCAUCUUUAGUUAUCUUUACUUUGUACUCCCUUAUUUAGUUUUCAGGAAAAAAAGUUCAUUUGCUUUGUUUUAUGCCAGGGCGCAUUCCUCUUCGUCACCUGGUCUACAGAGUACAUUCUCUGCCAGAGAGCAUGCGUCCUUUGGUCUGGGACUUUGGCCAACUGAAACCUGAGAUCGAGGAGCUCUAUACGCGUCAAAUUGUCAGCAGAUUUGUAAGUGGACAUAAUAUAUGGAUUUACACAGGGCUAAAAGCGAAGCUCCAAUUAAUAAAGUUGUAAUUUAAAUCAUACAAUAAACUUGUAAUCCACAAAUCAGUUAAAUUAAGGGCAUACUCAUAUGACUUUUGAGGGAAAGGCUAAGUUAUUUUAGAGUGAAACAUCUUACAUUAAAUUGAUAGCCUUAUAUGUACACCUAAAAAAUAGCAAACACCUUCCAUCACAUUCAAGAUCACAGUAGAUUAGCCCUCGAAAACAAAUUCUUGGAAAACAAAUCAGGCCGAAUUUUUUUGGGUUCGACAGGUUUAUUUACAAAUUCUUGCCAACAAAUCUGGGGGUGUGUAAACCAACCUUUUAUAAUUUUUAUACAUCACAUCUGAGGUGAAACAGUACUAUUUAUCAUACAGACCUCGGAAAGAAUGCGGUAUUUCACAAAUUUUCAAGACAAAUUGCACUCAGUCAAUAUUCAGGACGAUCAAUCGUGGGCUUUAAGCGAAACCGUUCCAAAAUCACCCAUACGGCCAGCUGGUUCUCAUUUCUAUAGGGCGAGCUGUCAGUGUAGUGGAGUGUUUGAAUGAACUUUUUAAAAUAGAGUUACGCUUCAACAUAAUAACGAAAUUAUUAUUAUUAUUUUUUUGUUUUUUAAUGGUUUCAGUUAUAACGAUGUGUAAUCUUAUAAAGUGUUUGAUACGCGCGACAUUUUUGAGUACCCCUGCAAGCGAUGUUCAUGAACGAUGAAAACAAAAAGGCACGGACAAGCGAUUAAAAUUGCAAGAGAGACUACUAACAAUCAAUGAAAGAAAUAUAAUUCGGUGAAACAUAUACAGAGACACCAAUUUUCAUUCACGAAGACAAGUAUUAAAGUAUCUCUAAAAAUCCUGAGUCUUUAAGCGUAAAGCUUAAGUGUAUGUUUUAAGCCGGCUUCCCGGCGCGGUGUUUACUGUUUUCAAAGAUGAACUCCUCGAAGCAAGAAGAUCGCUCAAAGUUUUCUUUCUACAGCCAAAUUUAUAACUAAAUAUUCUUCGUAACGUUUUUUUUCUAUUUGCGGUGAGAAAAUAUAUCUGAAGGCUUUUUAAAGGUCUGUAAGCUUAUAUCAAACCUGAUACUAGGUCAGAUAAUUGAUUCAAAUCCUACAAACGUGCAUAACCUUGCCGCAUAAAUUGUGCUCGACUUCAUGAAAUUAGAUAUAACAAAAACAAACAUCAAAUACAAUAAUUACCCAGGCUUACCAUUCGAGAUUCAGUUCCUGAAAGCUGUCAAGGAAGGCCGCAGUUAGUUGCUUGAGACGUUUAAACCCUCUUACGCAUUAAGCAAGGUGAAAAGCGAAAAACGAUGCCAUCCAAAAUCAAAUUACCGAAUUUGACAAGCGACGCAUUUCUCAACCAAAAAACGAGAAAGCAAACAAGCCAUGAAUAAACAGAAGACUCUUGAUAGCAGCUAUAUUUCAAUUUGUACAUCCAAAGGGAAAAGACAAUUUUCAAGAUGCUGCAUGAAUUCUCUGCAUGAACUCACAUGUCAAAUUUUGACCAAUCAGAGCAUAAAAAUUGGACCUAGAGCGUGACCAACGCGUGACCAUGGUAAGAAAAGGUCUUCCCCGCCUGUAUUUUUUAAAAAACUGGCUGAAGGUCAGUUAGAAAUCACAAUCCUAAUGGUGCGGGGCCAUAGUGACAUAAACAGAACAUAUUUGAUAUGAAUCAUUGAAAAAAAUAAACUUGAGCCCGCGAUCAUUUGAAACUAGUAAUUUGUCAGCAGAUAACCUCAAAACUACUCGACCUCGAUGGGUCGACACUUAAGCCCGCGGUACAGUCAGUUGAUAGUGGUCAGCGGAUACCCUGUUUUGACAGCUGUCAAUUGAUCACAACAUUGAUGCGCAAUUAGUUUUCUCUUGGGCUCCCAAACUAGUUAGAAAGUGUGAGAGUAAACAUUGGUUAUCCUGUGAUGCGGACGGACGGGCGGGCGGGCGGGCGGGUGGUCGGUCGGUCGCUGUACGGUCACGUGAUUACCAAAUUUUCUCGGAUGGGUAGAUUACCACAUUUCCUUAGCUAUGGGGCUUCGCGCCUCGCGUGGAGCUUCGCUAUAAUGGUGUGAGACAUAGCGUCUUACAGUGUGUUGGCAAGUAACUAAAAUGUGUACCUUUGUGUCCGAUGACGUUUUUCCUGCCGAUUUUUUGACACAACAAUUUUUGCUUGAGAAUACAGCCGACAUUUUGCGACAGGCCAUCACUGGUUUCGCCGCGAACUGACGUCUAAAGAACAAGUGCAGAAAUUCCAUACUGAUGACGUUGUCACUACUCUCGUCUAGGUAGUGCUCCUGAUUGGUUGAAGCAAAUUUCCCUCGCUGCACGACCAACCUGAAGCACUCCCCAGACAUGGGUAACGACCAGGUUAUCAGUGUGGAAUUUCUGCGCUCGUUUCUCAGACGUCAUUUCGCGAGGAAACUAGCGGUGGCGUGGAGAAAUGUCAGCUGAUUUCUCAUAAUAUAACACUUUAUACAUUCUAUGGAAGAAUCGAUUUUUAAUCAGCAAUUCUUGAAAACGUCUUAGUCAGUGUCAGUUGUCGCUGUCUACAUGAACAUCGCAUAGCUAUUUUACAGUGCAACCUAUUUCAUAUUUGUGCUAUUGAAUAAUUCUCUUGAUGUGGUUUUCUAUUUUCGUGUAAGAUCCUUCAAGAAAAACAGAUUCCAGGCGGUAAGCCUUUGGUCAGGGCUCUGACGAGAGUACUAACUGCUUCUCAGCGUUACAUGAGAGAUCAGACGGUAAAAAAAGUGCUUUUGUCGUGUUUUGUGUGCAUCUCCUUUUCCAUUUUGUAUGAAAUUAACGAAAAAUUUAGACCCUUUUCAACAGUACAGCCAGUCUGAGAAUUCUUGUUUGACUGUAAUUUUUUGUUUACUGUUAAUAGUCCAUUUUACGGUUACAGGUGGAAACGAGGCUGGAGUUGACCUUGAUUUUAUACGAUCCUUCUUUCUUUAUUACGUAAAUGUUUCUCGUGCAAACUAGUAUUUUUAAGCAAACUUUCCAUGAGAAAAGGAGGGAGGUUUGUAUCAAAACAAGGUCAGUCUCAGCCUCGCUUUCACUCAAAGGCAAGGAUACUAAGCUUACAACUGUAAAAUGGUAUUCUGUCUUACAUGCCACUUCUCCGGCGACACCUAAUUUUAUUUCUCACAUUACAGCUGAUCUCAAUGUAUUGUACUACUUUAUGGCCUUUCUAUCCAUGCCAGUAAGAACUCUGAAAGAAAUUCUUGUCUUGCAAAAACUCACUUUUGUAGGAUGAGUGUAGCUUUGUGAGCCUUCGAGAUGUAGAACGCGCAAUGAGAGUGAUGGUCUGGUUCUACAACCAUCGCGAUGCUCUUAAUCCUCUAAUGGAUGAAAAAAUUGACGUGAAAGAUGCAGAGGAUGAUUUGGAUAAGGUAAAGGAGAUUUGUCCUUUGAAGAGAAAUAGACAGAAUUGCAUACUAAAUAAGUAUGUUCCUGAGAGACGUAAUGGAAUAAAAAAAACAUUUUUGCUCAUUUGAGAAUAUCUUUUUCAUUACGUAAAGCAUACGUGCGGUGUAGGAAAAAAGUUGUUUUUACGAAUGUCAUGACUCUGCACUUGUCACAAAUACCCGCCUUAACUUUGUUUUAGCCCAUUAAUGGCGUGUCACGUGCCCUGGUGCUUUCAAUUGGAGUGUGUUACCAUGCAAGACUUCAAGAGAGAGAACCUUAUCGGCGUGCAGUGGCUCCUAGCUUUUCCCGUCCAUGCCAACUACCAGGUGGACAUAAGCGAAUUUUAAAGGAAAUUAAAAGGUGGGCCACACUAGCAAUUCAUUAUUUUAGAAGCAAUGACUUCUUAUUUGCUGCCACAUCAGAUGAUACAAAUACCUUUAACCGAGUUGUCAUUGAGGUCGUUACACCCAAAGGCGAUAUGUUCACGAUAGGCUGCGGUGUCUCCAGCAAUUUGCAGUAGCUUAAGUGUAUACGUUUUUCAGUGGUAUCUUGAGGGAUUCUUAGACAUGAACGCGUAGAGAAAUCGUGUAAGAAAAGCUAGAAAUAAAUAGUGCAGAACCUUUGCUACCAAGCUGGGUUACAAAGUAAAUCAGGUUGGUGUUGAUUUUAUAAAUGCAUGUUUACUUUGUUUACGGACUUUCCGUUUUCGUCAUCAGAUGCCAAAAAGCAGUGCUGAAAGAGCUAGAACUGGGUCAUAAUAUCGCACGUAACACAGCACUUAGUGAGAAUGUGUUUAUGAUGGUAGUGUGCAUUGAACUCAGGAUUCCUUUGUUUGUGGUUGGUAAACCAGGCAGCUCUAAAUCGUUAGCCAAGACCGUUGUGGCUGAUAACAUGGAAGGAGGUGCUUCAAGAUCUGACCUUUUCAAGACCUUUAAGCAGGUGAAGCCAAUGUACUGAAAAGAAGAUUACGAAUUUUUGUUACUGUAUUGCAAUUGUUAGAAUGUAUCAAACAAUUGUGAUAGAGUGGUAAGUAACCUUUAUGAGAACGACUAGGACUAUUUUGCUUAAUGUCCUCUUAAUGUCCUCACAGUAUUGCGUUGUGUUGGAUUGUGUUGAAAUGUAUUGUAUUCAGAUUGUUCGUCAUGUUCUGAGGUUUGUUAUUCAUGAAUGCCAAUUUCGUGUUCCACAAGGUUCAUAUGGUGUCUUAUCAGUGCAGCCCUCUCUCAACUGCUGAAGGGAUCGUUGCGACUUUCCGUCAAUGCGGCAAACUCCAAAAAGGCAAGAACCCAAAGAAGUUCGUGUCAGUUGUGGUCUUAGAUGAAGUUGGCCUGGCUGAAGACUCGCCUCUAAUGCCUCUUAAAACGCUCCAUCCACUGCUGGAGGAUGGCUUAAGUUCCACUGAUGGCAUCAUAGAAGUAGAAGAAGAGUUUCCUGAAAGAGUAGCCUUUGUUGGAAUAUCCAACUGGGCCCUUGAUCCUGCAAAAAUGAAUCGCGGUAUCAUGCUUUCUCGUGGGCUUCCAGACACAGAGGAACUAGUGGAAAGUGCAAUGUAAGUUCUCCUCUGUUUUGGGACUAAGAAUGGUAUUCAUAAGUAAAGGAAGGCCCAAUAAAACGUUCGCUUUAGUCUCACGAAACAAUUAAUAAAAGUCCCUGACAACGCCCCUAACCCGGCUAACAAUAUGAGCUGCUGGUUAUAGGGACCAAUAAAGAUAGAGACCUACGGGAGAUGCAGACCAGAGUGAACACUUUUUAUCAGAUACACAAAACAGGACCAUUUCUUUGUUACUGAUAUUUUCACACUAGAUGUCCCACUUAAUAAAAAUUGACCAUCAGCUAAAUGUUGACUUUAAUGAAGGCAGACCGGUUUGGUUCAACCUUAAAUGAGGAAGACACUUUUUGAGGAUGAAAUAUGUUUGCGGGCGACAAAAGGAGCCCGCCACCUAUUCUUGAUCAGCGGCACUCUUUUAACUGGAUAGCCGGAUUAUUUCGAUCGAUUUGCAUUCCUGUGUUGUACCGACUAAUAUGCAUGGUAUGAAUGGUAUGUGGCCUCGAAGGUUCUGGUGUUGAGUUCAAGGUCCGUCUGAUGUCACUGUAAUCACGUGAAUGCACAUGCAAGUGAUGCAACAAUCAUUAUCACACAUUCGAUUCGCAAGCACAGGUAAUUCAGGUACACAAGUACUGCACUAAAUGGGAGACUUUCCGAUUCGCCUUGCCGGCCUGGAAUCUAUUUACCCAGGAAAAUAUAAGUAGAGCCUGAUCUCAGCUUAGUGUGGGACAAGUUUUCGGUGAGAUACGAGUUCUAGCAAAGUCUAGAAAUCGAUGUCAAUUAUAAAGUUUAUUCAGGUUUCACAACAGUGCAUGGUUUUUAUAUUUUUAUACGUCUUCAAGCAUGGUACGUCGCCUGUCAUCCGAAAGCUUUAAUAAGCUUUAAAUUUAAGCUGUUUCAUUAUUUUGUAUCGCAUCUCAACGGCCUUUGGUCAUUGAACACGGACUGAAUAUUCGAUUGAAUAAAAAGACUUCGUGCAUGACUGCAUAACAGCAUUACUUGUGUCACGCAUUAUUGUGUUAAUGUAUCUUUACUGGCGAAUAUAAUACAAACGUCUUACCUCGCUGAUCGCUCCAAAAAUAUUCCAGACUAAUUGUAUCUAAUCAAAUACAAAUAAAAUCGUUUAAUUAGAUUAUUAUAUGAGUCUUUUUUACUGUGUUGUCCAAUCCAGUUUUCAAUGAAAGGGAUUCACCUACAUAUGAAAGCGGUUUCGCCCGCACUUCCUAGCCAACGGCUACUGCUAGUUUUAGGUUCAAUAAAAAAAUAUACAGCUUUUCAAGGAUGGGUGGUGGAAAGUGUUUCCACCUUAAUUUGAUGUAGUUGUAAUUAAAUAGUUUAACGAGCGUGAUCCAUCUUCUUUAUAUUACUCAGGGGCAUAUGUGCAACUGAUAUAAGAGUACAAAACUUUGUUGCUCCACUCAUGAAUCUACUGGCCCAAGGUUACAGCGAGUUAUACCAUGCACAGAAACGGUUAGAAGCUCUUCGGGAGUCUAAAAAGGAGGAAUUUUUUGGGCUUCGUGAUUUCUACAGGUAGGGAUGUUCAAAUGUAGUUUAACUUGUCAGUUCCGGCUUAUUUUAAGCUCUUGUUACAGUCUCCUCAAGGUCCUUUUGAGAGCAUUGGAAUUUCGGAAAUAACAGUGCUCUUCCCAUUAAUCAGUCCAUCAUGCAGUUAUGUCCAGAAAUUCUCGCAAUGGCGAAUCUGCAAAAAAUCGCAUAAGCGAAUUUUCGCCAAAUUCGCCAUUUUCGUCAAAAUUGCCUUUUCCAAGGGCCCCUUUGCCAUCUCAUUUGCCUUGAAAACUAUACUUUGGCGAAUUUUUGCCAUAUUCGUCAAAUUGGCCAUUAUCGUCAAAAUCGCUACUUUGGACGGCGCCCCUUUGCCAUAUCAUUUGACUUGUUCAUAUUACUAUGGCGAAUUUUUGUCAUUUUCAAAGUUUUCGCCAAAUUUGCCAUUUUCGACAAAAUCGCCAAUCUCAAAUGGGACCAUUGAUCAUUUUUAAUUUCACUUGUUCCAAAGGCUUUGGCGAAGUUUCGCCUUAUUCGCCAUUUUCGUCAUGAACGCGUCUUUCCAACUUUUCUUAUCGCCGGCGUCUGGAUCAGGUUAUACAGCUAUAUAUCAGGUUUAUUGAAAACAGCUACAGUGUUAUUUGUCUGUUUUGCUAAAUGUCAACCUCUGUUAAAACCGAGGGCAAGUGCGAAGUCUAUCUCACAGAAAUUGACCCAUUUUCCCGGCAAAGUUUUACACUUGGCUUUAUUUCGAAACAAAACUUGAGUGCUUUGAAGCUUGCAAGAAUGGCCUAUUUCUUGUGGUUAUAUGUCAGGAAUUUUAUUUUUUUCUCAGUUUGACAGUUUUCAAACUCCUUGGAUAUUUUAUCCCUGAUCAUGGUUGUAGCGUAGGAAAUUCGAAAUUAAAAUGGGUUAAAAAUGUUCAGAUUAUCACGAGCUAAAAUCAGGACGUUAAUGUUCAGAUAAAACAAGCGUCGGUUGAAUCAUUCUAUCCUCACAUUGAAUUUUAGCUUGGUAAAGAUGGUGUACAAAACAGCUGAGGAGCAUGGACGAGAGCCACGUUGGCCUGAAAUUGAACGAGCCAUCAGAAGGAAUUUCGGGGGACUGGAUGCGAUUGACCCAGUGAAAAUCUUCAGGAAACAUAUUCCUUUUAGCAGAACCGAAGUGGUAGGCGUGUUGAAUAAUUUGUUUGUUUUAAAGUUGCCUCUGCUAUGCGUCCACCGUAUUUCACAGGUAGGCAGUCGGUUCACUCAAAACCUUCGAAAGGUUAUCAGGUUAGGUUGGGCCGGCAUUCUGGGUGCAGACCUAUAAGAACAGCUAUCGAUUACGUCAGUUAGUAAUCGACCUUCCUUGUCGAUUUUCUGCAAUUAAGCGUUUGCACAGUAACGUCACUGGGGUGUAAAUGUACUUUUCCUCGAAAAGGUUAUAAUAGUAAUACUCGGCAUUUUAUAAGUACAACGUUUCCGAAACUAUACAGAGAUUUCUCCAGUGUUUUUUGUGAUUCUUUGCGUUCUUACUCAUUUCCUAGAAGAAGCAAAAUAAAGAUGCAUUUUCUGCAGUAAACCUUAUCAAAGCCAGCCUCGAACGCGAAAUCUCCGGAGGGUAAGAGAGUCAACAAGAUGCAGUACUGUGCAAAAAAAAAGAGAGAGCGAAUUUCGCGAAUUUCGACAAACAAAUUACGAACUUUCGUUUCAGACGAAAUUUCGGCGAAAUUCCGGCGCAUCUAUUGUUCUAGUCCCUGCGAAAUUUCGGAAACUAGGUGAUGAACCGAAACGAAAAUAUGCGGCAUAAACCGAAAUUUGGUAGCGAAAUUUCGAGAAAGCUUUUCGAAAUUUCCUGUCAUUAACUAAAUUUCGGUUCGUGUUAAACGGUAUUUCGCUUCGACGAACCGAAAUUUCGUUAUUGAUUAGUUCUUAACUAACCAGGGCGCGGUUGUUUAAAAAAGGAUAAAGAUAACCAAGGAUUAGAGGAAAAUUUGACUUCAAUUGUGAACGCCUACAAAGCAGAUUCAUAUGGAUUCUUUUUGCUUACCAUUUCAUAUUUGGACGCUCUAAAAUCACGAGUCGAAACAAGUAUAAAAAGCGCUGUUGAUUAAGCUGCUGACUAUAAAUUGUAUUCUAUGUUAGCGAUCGUGUCGCAAACGGAUCGCUACGAUAAUUGAACGUUGCUUCCAAUCAAUCCGUUUUUGAAGGAUACUACCGAUCGUAUCAAUCAUACCGAAACCAGACCUUACAUGUACAUGCACCAGUAACAACAUGAACCUCAGUAAGCAGAGAAUCUUGUGAAGAAAAUUUGAGACGGAACAACACUUGUUAAUUUACGUAUUGUUAUUUGUGUUUUAAUCUUACUAAAUGAACGCGAGGUUUACUCGAUAUUCCUGUCCGUUCUUGGCAGAUGCACUUUUAGAAACCGUCAAAACCCUUAAAAAAAAAAACUGUUGCGAACAUUCGUGAACCUACAUGAUGGAAACCUGUUGCCUGUUAAGGGCCUGUUUACAUGGAGUGGGGGACCUCGGUCUAGCGGGGUUGGUUUCUUUUGUUUUCACGCUCUGGAGGACACAAAACAAAAGAAACCUACCCCACUAGACCGGGGUCCCCCACUCCAUGUAAACAGGGUCUUACUGUGCUUACUAAAUUCAUUGAUUGCUUGUUUUCCUCUUCCCUCCAGAACUGAGUAAAACGAAUUCAAAGUAUCUACGCCGGAUGGGAACGUCCCGUGUAAAGUCGUUCAAAUUGUUCUUCGAACUUUCAUGUUUUUAACUUACCGCAAGCGUGGAAUGACAAAUCGCUGACACAAAGGAAGGGACUUGAAGCGCAAACUUGUGAAAUUUUAUUGCUGAGAUUAUUUAAAUCACAAGACUUUGCUUUUUGUCACACAUAUGUCAUUUCAAAGUGAGAUCAAGGCUACGAUCGAGUCUUUCAUGUAAGCUUUAAAAUUUUGCUUUUUUAAAUUAACUUGGCGUUAAGACUGAAGGAAUCAGGGGCACCCAACGGCAAUUUUCGGAAAAUAUCUCUUCGGAAGACGAUUUGAGAUCUAGAAUUUUCGGAUUAGUUGCUGUAAACUUUCUUGCUUGCCUGCCUCUCCUAGGAUUUUCGAACAUCUAAAAAAUGGUAUAAUUGCCCAUUUUUAACGGAUUUUGACACUAAAAGAGGCCACCUAGAAUUUUCGGGAGCCUUUUCCUGGCUGAAAUUUUCGAGAAGCUAAGUUUUUAUCCCUAUAAUUUUCGGAUCAAUAGACUUUCAGCCAGGAAUCCGAACAGAUGAAAAGUUUUUAGGGGAUAAAAAUAUGCCUAUAUCUACCGUUUAAAUACUAAACUACGUUCAACAAUGCUGUGUUAAGUGGUUUUGAACUAUAUCCUCGUUGGGUGCCCCUGAGGAAUAUUAAUGCCGAAAAAAAUAAAUUGUCAGGAAUCAAUUUAUUAGCUCAGUUACGCUGAAAUUAGAGAAAGUGCUUAACUGCAGGUCGAGCGAUGGCUUCGGGUAAAAGUAACAAUAUGCAAAUUUCUUAAUUCGAGUUUAUUUCAGCGGUAAAUCUUUUGAGAGCGCUUAUUUGUUGAGAGGUUUCUGAAGAUUGCGGUAAAAUAGAAGGAAGUUAAAUGCGGACUGUAACCGGCCUUUCCCUCAAGUAACGUGCAAUCGGUAGCUGGUUAAGAAUAGGUAAGUUUCAUUCUAAAAGAUCAGAAAAGUUUUAUUACGGGAACAUUAACUUGGUUGUCUGUGUUGUGGGCAAAUAGUGUUACUGAUCUUUGUCGAACCAGAUUGUGUGUUUCCAUGAAAAAGUUUUAGAGAGAACUUAACUGUUUGUUAAGCUAUAAAUGCGAAGCAGAUCGUUAUCAACUAGUGUAGUGAUCUUAUGAAAUUUGUCGCAACCAGCGCUCUGAUGAACAAUCCCGACAAUCGAGGCGCCUAUAGUGAAGCGAUUCAAAGCAAUGCAGGUAAAGGACGGAAUUCGGCGAACUUCGCUCUCAUUACUUUUGAACGGUGCUGUAAAAUGACCCACUUCGUUUAUCAUUGAUCACGUUUCAUGGAAAAUAAAAUGGCCGUUUCACAUUUCACGGACAAUAAAUUCGGCAUUUCACGUUUCAAGAGAAAAAAAUGUUUUAUACGAUCAGUUUUGCUUAUUUUGGUUAAGAACUACAGCCAAAGAACUGCCUUGUUCGAUGUUCCCACCAUUUUGACGCUUCUUGUUCUUGGUGCUGUGAAAAGGAAACCGAGUUCUUUGUUUAGAAAUUGAGGCUCCGCACCAUCUUCUAAUACAGAAACAUUGUCAUCCGAGGAGUCGUUAUCGUAUUCAGAGAGCUGGUCUGGUUUAGAAAUUCCAGAUGAAGAUCCAUCUAAUCUUUCAUCAUCUUGUGGCACUUCACUGCCACAGUUCACGGUGAAUUCAACACUCGAUUCUCGUUUCACAGAUAAUUAUUAUGAAAAAUCACGGCUCACGGCGAUUACCAAACUCACGUUUCACGAGGAAUAGAAAGGUGAUUUCACAAUUCAUGGGGAAUAAAACCAGCAAUUCACGGUUCACGAAAAUCCCCUUUACCGCCCUCUUCCCACUUGACGUUUUCAUUUCAAUAGAGAGAGUCGAUACUUGUUGGUGCUGACAGAGAACUAUGCAGCCUUGCCUAUUGUUCAGCAGGAACUGCACAAAAAAGGCGAAGAACCCGUCGUAAUUUUCGGCAGCAGCUUUCCCAAGGACCAAGAAUACACUCAGGUACUAGCAGCUGUAUUAAAGAGUAAUUAAAAGUGUUGUCACUCGUGAGAUGGAUGUUUCGUUAAUUAGACUGUUUCAGUAACAAGACUUGCUCUCUCCUCCGCAGAGUGUAUAAUAGUAAGUGUGUAGUAAGCCUGUAAGCCCUUCCCAUCUUCCUUCGCGUAAGACACGAAGAGGCCUCUAUGGAAGAGAGAGAAGAGUUAGCAGAAACAUUGUUGAAGACAUCAAUAUUUUAGGGCAAUGGCCUGUAUUUUACGUUACAACCCAUAAAAACAACCUCUUCCAUUUAACCAACCAUUUACCUCCCAGGAACCAACUGACCUUAACCAACUACAGUUGAACCUCAACUUGGGGACUGAGGACAGUUUAGUAGCAGAGAUGGAGCCGUUAUGGAGAUAUACUGGAAAAGAGUCGGUUUUAAGAUAGCUUGCUACCGUUUUUUAAAAGAAGAAAAAUAUCGUGUUAAAGUCAUCAGGGUCCAUCAGUUCUUUCUUUAAGCUGUGAUCCCAUGAUCAUUGGACUUCUAUUAGCUGUUAUAGCAAUCUGUGGAAUGUUUUGUUGGGUUGUCGUUUCAUGUUUCAGAUCUGCCGUGACAUAAAUCGAAUUAAAGUGUGCAUGGAAACGGGAAGAACUGUAAUUCUUUUGAACUUGGAGAGCCUCUAUGAAAGUCUGUAUGACGCACUAAACCAGGUAUAAGUGUCUGGCAAUAUUAUAUACACAACGUUCGGUAUAAGUACAAGUCAUUCUUUAUAAUGUCUUCUUCGUAUUAUUACUUGACAUUUUAAAACUUCUUAAGUCAAUCACUCAUCAAUAAAUCUUCAAAUAGAUACACACAUUUCUUGGCGUAAAUUAAGCUUUAUUGACUACCUUUAUAACGGCGUUAACGUUUGCGAUAUAUUAUUUUUAAUCUGCACUUCCAGUACUAUGUGUAUUUUGGAGGACAGAAAUAUGUGGAUCUUGGCCUUGGAAGUCACCGUGUAAAAUGUCGCGUCCACGAUGAAUUCAGGUAAAACGUCCUUAGACAGAACUUUCAGUCCGUGAACAUCGCCCGUCAAUACUUAUACGUAAUUUCUUGUCAUAGUUUUGUCAGUUAAUGAGGAACGCAAACUUUAAUCACUUCAGAAGUAGGUUACAGUCGUAGAGCUAAUGACAUACUAACACACACACAAAACUAGUACAGGGGUUGCUCAUAUACCUUAAAGAGGGGGUUUCUAGAAUGUUCCGACAAAUACAUAGUCAGUCUAUUUAUAGAGACUUACAUAACGUUUGGGAUAACGGUAGAGAUCAGCAAAUUGACAUUCUAGAACGUUCUUAUCUAAAAAGCAAAUGUAGAUGAAUUCCAGAAAGUUCUAGAUAUCAUAACAGUCAUUGCCACACCAACAGUACAUAAAAAUAGUGUUUAUGGCGUUUAGAUGUUAAAGAUUCGAUUUAACCGCUCCAAACGCAGCCCGCAAGUUUUCGCUGGAAGAAUUCAGGUCGUUUUAUUACACUCCUUUAUAACGAAGGUGCUUGGAUAUCUAAUAGCUUCAUUUUUGAAUAAUGUGACUUACGCGAUGUGGUCUGGCAAUUCUGCUUUAAGUAACGUUUACCAAUUCAUUUUCUGUCAAACAGAUUGAUUGUCAUUGCUGAGAAAAAUGUUGUGUACAGUAAGUUUCCGAUUCCUCUCAUCAAUCGCUUGGAGAAACAUUACCUGGUCACUUCAGCAAGUCUCAGUUCUCCACAAAAGGUCCUGGUGGACAAGUUGCAGGAAUGGGUAAAAAGCUUUUCUCAUGUCGACAUGCCUCGUCACCAGCAAUUAAGGUAAAGACAGAAAGUCAGCCAGGAAUUUGUCAGUGUUUGUUAGGGCCAAAAGGCAGGUUUUUGUGUCCGAUAAGCCCGAAACCACAUCAACGAAGGACAAGAAAAGAAAAAAUAGAAGAGCAAAGAAAAAGAAAGGAGGGGAAAAAAUUGCCAUGGUUGCACUCUUAGUUUUUAUAUUGGCUACGUUUUGGGGCGAAAACAAAACUGCUUGAUGGAAGAGGUCUAUUUGACAGUAACGUUUUCAAAAAUUCUGUAAGAUAUAUUUUUAUUGUGCAUGAGGUAAGAAACAAAUUUGUAGACUGCAAAACAUCCUCACUUUACGGAUGGAACCCGCGUACUAUUCCCCUAACAAAAUACCCUCACUACUCACUUACAUAACAACUUAAACUCGUCCCCAGGUCUUCUCGGUUAACGGUUCACGAUUUGGCAAUUUUUCUGCAAGAUUGACGUCAUUUUUCAUAUCGCAAAAUUCUUCCAAAUUCGGUCGACAAUAGCUGGCUAUGAAUCAUGUGUGGGAUUUUAGCCAAUCAGAAACAGAGAAAUAGUUUGAAUGAAUAAUAAUGAAGUUUAUUCAUUUCUGAUGUUUGUGAUGUAAUUUUGAUCCUCACAGGAAGUACUCGCCUGGUGACGCAUUUGUUGGUUACCAUGCUGACACAGCAGCUUGCGCCGUACUGCAAGUAACCAGCAACAUUGAAGAAAGCGAGUUCAGUGAUAAACAUUUGCAAGACAAGGUAUAGUGAGACGUAAUUUGGAUGAAUUUGAACCCAGUGUUGGCUAAUUUAACCUUUUUGGUAGCUCAUUAGUUUCUGGUACAGUAUUUAAUGCUAAGUUUCCUUCCAAUCUGCUCUUUUUUCAUCAUAGCCGUUCAAAGAAUCUGAGGUGGUGUCACAAAUGGUCGUUUCUCCGUUUUCCAGAAGCACACUGCUUUUCUUUAUCGUCUCUUUACCACUCUGUCUGUUAGCAAAGUGUGAUGAAACCAUUGAUGAACCCAUAGAAUCGCAUUCUUUUUACUGAAAGUGGUGGAAAUACACCUUCAUAAGUAGGAAAGUUAGUAUUCACACACCUUAUUUGCUUGAUCGAUUAACAUUUGCUUGCCUUUCAGCUCUUCCAGGAAUCGAAAGAAUUGUUGUUACAAUGCGCAACUCCAGAUGCUGUUGUACGUCUGCUGUCUACACACCUUGCUCCCCAAGCAGACGAGCUCUGGACAAAUUACUUUACAAUACAGGAACAUUCAAGUCUAACAGCUUUUCUAAGAAAUGCGCUGACAAUAGAGGGAGGGCAUUCCGGAAAGUGGAGUUUAAUUCAGGUGAGCGCUGAUUUGAUCUCGCGUCGGUAAUUAAUGAACCAGCACGUAAUAACUGUGGAAUAAUAUUGAAUUUGAUGUAACUAGGCUGUUAAUUGUCAUAACCACUAUGACUUCUGUGUAUUGCCGGAGAUAACUUAUUUCUUCUUGUAGGUGACAACUCAUUCCAGAUUGCUGUCGUCAAAUGAUUUGCAAGACAUAGCACGUGCUACAUCUCUACCCUUGCCAAACGUAACAUGUCUAAGUCUUCAGCAGUUCCACACGGAACAACAGUUUUGCUCAUCUGUGAGGUAUACAAAAUUAAUUGCAAGUGUUAACUACUAUUGCAUUUCUAAACUUUAGGCAGAUAGGAAGUGAGCUUACUUGCAGGGACGAGGGGGCAGAGGAUAUUUUUGAAUGAGCAUCAUUUUUCCAUAUCCCACCUAAACAAAGGUGAGUAAGUUUUGCGUUCUAGAGAUACUUUCGUCGUCCUUAUGUCACAAGUACUUCCUUGACAACUGCAGAAAAAAUUUACCUUAUUUUGACCAAUUAAACGAAAUGGAUUAAGAGCGAUGUGCCGUUUUUAAAGCCUUUGCCGUCGUGGUUGCUUAAGCUUCCUAACAGCAGUCCAGCCGAAACAUUUAACUCAAAGACUCAAUCUAUUGUUGCAUGUUAUCACCUUGUGAUUUUAUAGGGAUUUCUUUGCACAACUUGGUGGGAGGAAAGGACUGCUUAUCGUGCAAUGCGAUGCUGGAGACGUCAAUCGUAAUUUGAUUCCCUGUGCCCGACACCUUCUCGUGGAACAAAGGACAACUGCAAAAGAAGAUUUCAAAGAAAAUUUUGGGAAUGACCCUUCAUCAUUUCUGCAUGUAGUUAUGAUUAUUCAACUUCCUCGACUUGUCGGAGGCUGUGGAGCAUUUGCUGGUUUCCAGGGAGGAAGGAAGCUGUCUGUUCACAUUGACGAACUUCGACCGCCAACUGGUCACAUCCCAGCCAUUCAAUUCAUGGUGGAUCGGUCAAUGAGUGAGUUAUUUGAUGUUGCAUCAAGCAGCAUACGGGUGGACAAAAAAAUACGUUGA